UCCCAUAUUAUUUAUAGUGAGAGAUUUGAAUUCCCAAUCAUUAUUUGAAAGCAUAAUAGAAUUUGGGCGGCACUGCAGCAUCUCAACCCUCCGCCGCAAAUUCUUGAUGAAAUGGAACCACCACGCUUCUCUGAGACCAGCCAUGGCGAUCCUUCUAGAACCCCUCUUCAAUUCAUCCCAACUCCCACUCCCGCCCUCCUCCUACGCCACCGUAUUCCAAGCCUUCACCGGAAAAAACCUCCUCAAACAAGGCCAGCAGCUCCACGCGCACAUCGACACCCGCGGCCUUCGCCCCACGCCCUUCCUCGCCGCCAAGAUGGUGGCCAUGUACGCUAGCUCCGGCGACAUCGUCUCCGCCGCCAGGAUCUUCCACUCAGUCCCAAACCCCUCUCUCCUUCUCUUCAACUCCAUCGUUCGCGCUUACUGUCUCUAUAAAUAUUCCCAAGAGACUCUGCACAUUUUUAUCAGAAUGCAUUCUUUGAAUUUUCGUGGGGAUUAUUUCACCUACCCGUUCGUUUUGAAAUCAAUUGCGGAUCAGGAGCUUCUUUGCAUCGGAAAAUGCACACAUUUGUUGACCAUGAAAGAUGGAUUGAGAUUCGAUCUGUACGUUGCGACAUCGUUGAUUGAUAUGUAUGUGAAAUGCGGCGCGCUAGGUGACGCGCGCAAGCUGUUCGAAGAAAUGCCUGUGAGGGACGUCUCGUCUUGGAAUGCGUUGAUCUCUGGUUAUAUGAAAGAAGGCUCAGUUGGUUUAGCACGAGAGCUGUUCGACGAAAUGCCAACAAAGAACAUUGUGUCGUGGACGAGUAUGAUCUCGGGUUACACCCAGAAUGGCCUUGCAGCUAACGCUCUCCAACUGUUUGAUAAAAUGUUGAGGAGAGGGUCGGAGUUGAAGCCGAACUGGGUGACGAUCAUGAGUAUUCUGCCCGCCUGCGCGCAUUCCUCUGCGUUAGAGCAAGGGAGGAAGAUUCACCGCCUUGCUCAAGAGGAGGGCUUGGACUCUCAUCCAUCAGUGCAGACGGCGCUGGUGGGAAUGUACGCCAAAUGUGGCAGCUUACCUGAUGCCAAGCUAUGCUUUGAUCGAAUCAAACCAAGCUCGAGGAAUUCGGUUGCUUGGAACUCAAUGAUCAGUGCUUAUGCUUCUCACGGGCGAGGCACGGACGCAAUCCAGACAUUUGAGCUCAUGAUUCAAGCAGGGGUUCGCCCGGAUAGCAUUACGUUCACGGGGCUACUAUCGGGUUGCAGCCACUCCGGCCUAGUGGAAUUAGGGUUGAGAUACUUCGACUCCAUGAGUUUGGACUACGCAGUCGAGAGGAGGCACGAGCACUAUGCCUGCGUGGUGGACCUCUUGGGACGCGCUGGGAGAUUAGUCGAGGCCUAUGAGUUCAUCUCCCGAAUGCCAAUGCCAGCCGGGGCAAGCGUGUGGGGGGCGUUGCUGGCUGCAGGGAGAUGCCACCGCAAUCUUGAGAUAUCCGAGCUAGCAGCGAAGAAGCUCUUCGUGUUGGAGCCGGAGAAUAGUGGGAACUAUGUGAUACUCGCGAAUAUGUACUCAGAGGCUUCAAUGUGGGACGAGGCGAGAGCCUUGAGAGCCCUGCAGAAAUUGCAGAAUGUGAAGAAGAAUCCAGGAUGCAGUUGGAUUGAGAUUGAUGGGAAAGCCUACAUGUUUCUUAGUGAAGAUGCUGCAGCUGCUUCAUAUCCUCAAGCAGAGGAAAUCCACUUGCUUUUGAGGGAGGUCUCGGAGAGGAUGAAGGCGGCCGGGUAUGUGCCUGAUACUAGCUGCUCAUUGCACGACGUGAGCGAGGAGGAAAAGGAGUACUCGCUCACGACACACAGUGAGAAGCUGGCGCUCGCAGUCGGGAUACUCAACACGCGCCCUGGCGCAGUUUUGCGCAUCACCAAGAACCUUAGGAUCUGCGGGGACUGCCACAAUGCGUUCAAGUUUGUGUCCAAGGUAUACGAGAGGGAGAUCGUGGUGAGGGAUGUCAAUCGGUUUCAUCAUUUUCAAGAGGGGAGCUGCUCUUGUGAUGACUACUGGUGAAACGAAACAAUUUGAAGACUUUUUUCUCUUUGUUUUUGGAGUUGAAGAAUUCCCCAAUCAUUCCUUAUUGCUUUCUUACAAAUGAAAUGGCAUUAUUGUUGGACUGAAAUGGGAAAUGGGAAAAGGGAAGGUUUGCAUGUCCUAUCAUUUUCUGCUUAUAUAUGUAUAAUGUGUGUUCCAUAAAAUCACAAUCCAAUAAGUCUUGUAUUUCGAAAA